UCUGUGUGGAACCUGUCAGAAAUAGUCAGUCCUUGUAUGGAUGCCCAAAAACAAUGAGAGAAAUGCUUCCAAAAGCAGGGGAGCGGCAACAUCUCCAGAGCCAGAAAAGGAAAGACAAGAGAAGGAACAGGUCCACAUUUGGCCCCUCUUCCCAGCCUCUUUUCCUCUCAGGAAACACAUCCUGUUGCUGGCCGACUGUGGUGGCCGACGUGUUUGUUGCACACAAGAGAGGACUUCAAGUGAACCCCCCCCCCUCGCCACACACACACCUCCUCCCGGGCUUCAGACAAAAGAAUCCGUGACUGUGACGUCCACGAGGGGGGUCUUUUUGGAGAUUUGAGCCAAAGCAAAACCUUGGCAUGCACGCACAUUUAAAGCGGCUGUGAAGGAGGGAGCUGUCCGCUUAUGACCCGCUGCUAAUGCACGCUGAACAUCUGCAACAAAUCAACUCGAGCCUCGUCGAAUUUGCUGUGAGGGGCAUUGGUAGAAGGAAGCAGGGGGAGGUGGGUUUGAGGGAUUUUUUCUUGCAGGCUUUUUCUUAGCAACAGUGCAGACUCUAUCCUUCUUGAGGACUUUGCACACACACACACAAGUCAAGAUUAGAUGUGAAGGCAGCAAGAAAAGGACCCAAGGAACCAACAUCCGAAAGUCAAGCUGCAGCCAACCGGAGCCAGUGGAAUGGACCUCAGCGUAUGUCGGAUCGAUCCAAGCAUACCAGAGGAAGGCUGAGGAGUUGGCGACUGGUGGAUGAGGAUGAACGGAGAUGUUCUUUAGCUAAAGAUCAAGACAACGCCCUCGCCUCUUCUGCGUUUGUGUGACUUGCAAGCGAUCCGCUGGAGGAGGAGGUGGUGGCAGCCGUGGAGGAGGCGGUUCCGGGGAACCGCGGAGCUUCUCCCGAGGACAGGCGAGGGAACAGCCGCGACCCGGAGGAAGGACGAGGGUCGGAACCCGCCGAGGGGGAGGGCGGAGGAGUAGUGGCGGGCACCGGGUGUCACAUGGCUGUGCAGAGGCUGGUGGCUGCGGCGGUCGCGGUCGCACUGCUGUCCCUGGUCCUAAACAAUGUGGCCGCCUUCACCCCUAGCUGGGUCCUGCAAGCCCUGGAAGAUGGGCGUAAGAGGAGCGUGGGACUGUGGAAGAUGUGCCCCACCGGAGGGGAGAGGGGCCGGGAUGAGCUUCAGGCGGGGCGAACGGCUCAGGUGGCACAGAGACAAUGUGAAGGUCUGGGAUGGGGCUCUGAGUAUGCUGGCUAUCAAGAAUCCCGCAGCUCUGUCAAACUGCAGUUCGACAUGAUGCGGGCGUGUAACCUCAUGGCGACCGUGGCCCUGACGGCGGGUCAACUGAUCUUCCUCCUAGGCCUGAUGGAGCUGCCCUUCAUCACGCCAGAAUCUCAGUGGUGGGAGGAGGCCAUUGCUGCACUCUUCCAGUUAGCCAGUUUUGUGCUGGUGAUUGGACUAGUGACCUUCUACAGGAUCGGGCCAUACACACACUUGUCCUACUCCUGCUAUGUGGACAUCGCCGCGUGCCUGCUGGCUACAAUGGCGGCGGCCAUGCUCAUCUGGAACAUUUUACACCGCCGUGACGAUUGCCUGGCGCCGCGGGUCAUCAUCAUCAGUCGCUCGCUCACGUCCCCUUUCCACCCCCGCCUGGACAACGAUUACGUGGAUUCGCCGUGUUGAGCAGAAAAUCCUCGGCUCAAUCUUUGGGUUUCCGGCGGCUCAACAUACCUCGACGCAAAACGUGCUUGGUUUGCUGCUCUGCAACUGUUGGACGUAGUAUGAUUUCUUGGUGGCUACAUUUGGACCAGGCCUGAGAUGUUUAAAGUCCCGCCAAGCAGAAGAUCAAGCUGGACCUUGAUUAUUUUACGUGCACUUACUCAAAAGUCCUCUUCCAUGACUAUGAAUUGGAGUUGUGAUAGAAUGAAUAUAAAGCAUAAUAACAUAAUACCUCUCCCCCUCGCCUACUUCCCCUUCGGGAUAUCUAAAUAUAAUGUUGCUAUAUCUUUAGUAGGUUAAAACAUUCGAGUCAUCCUAGCAAAGUUUCUUAAUGCGUCAAAGUGAUAUUUAAUAGGAAACUUGCAUUUUAGUCCAGUUAUGGUUAAGGCGAAAGGGGAUAAGUUAUUCCUAAACUUUAAGACGACAUGCACUUCUACGUAAAAGCAGGCAAUACCUUUUGUAAUCCACUUAGACAUCAUUUGUUUGUGGUACAUCCAUAUACUAAUUUAAUAUUUGUAAACUCUAUUAAACAGGGCCGUCAUGAAGGUGUAGUAAUAUUUGCCAUUAUUAUAUCCUACAUCUGGAAAGAACCCCUGGGGAUCUUCCACACUUCAAACCACACGAGGGUUGAAUAAAUACAGAUAUUUUAUCAAUUCAAUAAAUGUCAAAGUUAAACGUG